GAAGUACUCAUGUCAAAGACUUGAGUACUUCCGACACUUUGUAUCUUCGAGACAAAACAGCAAUGGGGGUUACUUGUGUGUGCCAGGUUCCUGUGGCGGAGGGGAAGAGUGUGCAGCAGACAGUGGACAUUCUGCACAAAAAACUGGAGCAGCUGGGUGCUGUGAAGCAAGGCAGCUUCUGUGUAGACUGCGAGACAUACACUGGAAAUGUCAGCGGUCAGCCCUCCAAGCUUUUGUAUGUGAUGCACAACUCUGAAACUCCCCUGAGCUGCCUGGCCAUGUUUGAAGGAGGACCCUUCCUGAUAGCAGAUGCAAACUUUGAUGUCCUCAUGGUGAAACUAAAAAGUCACUUCCAGAACGCAAAGGGACACAAAGUGGAAUGUCGUGGCUCAAGAUAUCGCUACUGUGAUUUCUUAGUAAAGGUUGGCACUGUGACAAUGAGCUCCAGUGCCAGAGGGAUAUCCGUUGAGGUUGAAUACUGUCCCUGUGUGGUUCCAGGGGACUGCUGGAACCUCAUGAAGGAGUUCAUGCAGUCUUUUCUCGGCACCAACGUUCCUGAACUUCCAUCUGUGUUUGCCACUAAACCUGAGGGGCUUUUUGCACCAGCAGACUGUGUUGAUACCAUGACUCAAUAUCUAGAGUUGUUCAACAAACUUCGUAAACUGCAAAACUUAGGUAGUAAUGUGCGUUGAGUAGAGAAAUGAUGAUUUUUUUUUUAUUAUUAUUAUUUGUAUUGUAUUAAGUGGUCCUAUGGAUCAUACUGAUGUCUUGGAUUUUUGAAAGCUUUUUUUAAUUUACAUUUCUGGGACUUCUUCUGGGACAGCUCUGUAUUAGUUUCACCUAUUUGAUGAAAUAGUUUUGUAUUAAAGAGACCAA